AAUGAAAAUAGGCUAUACCCACGUAAACACUCGAUACAAAGUGAGUUUAUCAAUCAAUGUGGAUAGGAAUUACAAUGUUUUUCAAACACUGCUCGAGCUGAAGGGAGCAAUUACAUCUCACGGUUUAAGCGAUACAUUUUCGAGGAGUGUUCUUGUGCGAUUGACAGCAGGGGAUGUGUUGAGAGCAGAAACGCAUAGGCCUUUUCUUCCUAUGCGUCCAAUCGAAUCGGGACAACGAAUAGACACUUAUAUGUCUGCAUUUAGAUUAAAUGAAAUUCUACCCUACUUUCAAGCAGUAUCAACGGACAGCAAGUGUAGAGAGUUUAGACGUAUCAAUUUGAAAUCGACUUCCUACGAUUCGGAGAGAUCGUGGAAUUCGAAAUUACACGAGUAUAACGUCAAAAAGCCUGGAAUCUAUUACAUAGAAUUUACAUUUUCGAAAUAUCAUACUUCGAAGGUGGAUGUAAGAAUGUUCUUGAACAAACAAAUGGUUGCAGUUUCAGCAAAACAAAGUAUGAUUGACGAGAACAAUCAUUUCACACGAUCUGUUUUGAUGAAUUUGAAAGUGAAUGAUAAAAUUCAUUGGGAAAACUAUGGAUGCGUUGACAGUGACGCUUCCGUUACGAUAAUCUGUACUAGUGCAGUAUCUCGAAAUUAA